CGUAAACGUCGUGGCGGUCCACUUGGACGAAUUGUGCUUAUGAGAUGAGGCCUUCAAAUUAUUGCUGACCACUUAACUCGGAGGAGUGCGCAACCAUCAUGGGGUUGCUAGACUAUGUUGGAGAGGAUGUUACGUCCACAUCAGUCCUUGUGCUAUUGGCUGUUCUGGUACGGGUAUUAACUGGACUUUCCUCCUAUUCGGGAGCUGGUGAUCCACCCAAAUAUGGAGACUAUGAAGCGCAACGGCACUGGAUGGAGUUAACUGUUAACUUGCCCGUCCGAGAAUGGUACACCGACUCCCCGGUCAACAACGGCAGCUACUGGCCGCUGGACUACCCCCCGCUGUCAGGGUACCAGAGCUGGCUGUGCGGUUUGUUAGUGCGGUCGGUGGAGCCGGCUGCCGUGGCGCUGCUCAGCAGUCACGGCUGGGAGAGCCCCGCCUCCAAGAGCGCUAUGCGGGCCACCGUGCUGGCGGCAGACCUGCUGGUCUACAUCCCCGCCUGCCUCUUCGCCGUCCACGUCUUCUACGGCAGUUCCUCCCCGGGCUUCCGCAGCGGUCGGCAGGACACAGCAUCAGGGAGAGGGGCAGCAGCCACAGCAGCCGCGCAGGCCCGCCGCCGCCGCCGCUCCCGCGCGCUGGCCCUGUUCGCGCUGCUGUUCAACCCCGCGGUGCUGCUGAUCGACCACGGCCACUUCCAGUACAACGGCAUCAGCCUGGGCCUCACGCUGGCGGCCGCAGCGGCCAUUGCGGCGGGCAGCGGGGCAGCAGCCGGUGAAGGGGGAGAAGGGGGGGAAGGAGGAGGAGGAGAAGCCCCUGGAGCUGAGGAGGAGGAGGAUGCAGCUGGAGCAGCAGCAGCGGGAGCGAAGGAGCAGCAGGGGCAGGGGCAGCAGCGCGAGCGGCGGUGGCUGGUGCUGCUGGGUGCCGUGUUGUACUGCCUGGCACUCAACCACAAGCAGAUGUCGCUGUUCUUCGCGCCCGCCUUCUUCGCGCACCUGCUGGGCUGGGCGCUGCACGGGCGGGGGCGGAGGGGGGCGGCGGACCGGGCGGCGGCGGUGGCGCAGCUGGGCGCCACCGUGCUGGCCUCCUUCGCGGUCUGCUGGGCGCCCUACCUGGGCUCGGUCAGCCAGGCGGCGCAGGUCCUCGCUCGCAUCUUCCCCGUCCGCCGCGGUCUGUUCGAGGACUACGUGGCCAACUGGUGGUGCGCCUCCUCGCUGGGGCCGCUCAAGUGGAAGACCCGCUUCACGGGGGCGGUGCUGCUGCGGGCGGCAGCGGGCGCCACCCUGGCUGCGGCGGCGCCCGCCAUGACGCACCAGAUACUGGGGCGGGGAGGGGCAGGGGCAGGGGCAGGGGGUCCGACGCGGUGGGGUCUGCUGCGCUGCAUGGCCAACUCGGGCUUCGCCUUCUUCAUGUUCUCAUACCAGGUGCACGAGAAGUCCAUCCUGCUGCCGCUGCUGCCCCUCUCCCUGCUGGCCGGCCGCCACCCCGGCCUGGCAGCCUGGCUGCCGCUGCUGGCAGCACUCUCCAUGUUCCCGC